GCCGCUGCUCCUUGGCUGCUGCCCCUAACGCCCACGUUCUUUCCUCGCCAGGUCCUUUCGGGCUGCGCCAUCAUCGUCCGGGGCCAGCCCCGUGGAGGUCCACCUCCUGAGAGACAGAUCAACCUUAGCAACAUCCGCGCUGGGAAUCUUGCACGCCGAGCAGCUGCGGGGCAGCCCGAUGGCAAAGACACCCCUGAUGAGCCUUGGGCAUUUCCGGCUCGUGAGUUUCUGAGGAAGAAGCUCAUCGGCAAGGAUGUUUGCUUCUCAGUGGAAUACAAGACCUCUCCCCGGCGGGAGUACGGAAUGGUGUACCUGGGCAAAGACACAGCUGGGGAGAACAUCGCCGAAUCACUUGUGGCAGAAGGGCUGGCCUGUCGCCGGGAAGGAAUCCGGGCCAAUAAUCCUGAACAGAGCAGAUUGGCUGAACUGGAAGAACAGGCCAAGACAGCCAAGAAGGGAAUGUGGAGCGAAGGAACUGGGUCGCACACAGUCCGAGACCUCAAGUACGCCAUUGAGAAUCCCCGGCACUUUGUGGAUUCCAUGCACCAGAAGCCUGUGAAUGCUAUCAUUGAACACGUCCGGGAUGGCAGCGUGGUCCGGGCCUUGCUCCUGCCAGACUACUACCUGGUCACCGUCAUGCUGUCCGGCAUCAAGUGCCCCACGUUCAAGCGGGAAGCAGAUGGCACGGAAACACCAGAGCCCUUUGCGGCAGAAGCCAAGUUCUUCACGGAGUCGCGGCUGCUGCAGAGAGACGUGCAGAUUGUGCUCGAGAGCUGCCACAACCAGAACAUCCUGGGCACCAUCUUGCACCCGAACGGGAACAUCACGGAGCUGCUGUUGAAGGAAGGUUUCGCGCGCUGCGUCGACUGGUCCAUGGCGGUCUACACCCGAGGGGCAGAGAAGCUGCGCGCCGCGGAACGGUAUGCCAAAGAACACAAGCUGAGGAUCUGGAGGGACUACGUGGCUCCCACAGCCAACCUGGAUCAGAAGGAGAAGCAGUUCCUGGCCAAGGUGAUGCAGGUGCUCAAUGCGGAUGCCAUCGUGGUGAAGCUGAAUUCUGGGGACUAUAAAACAAUCCACCUCUCCAGCAUCCGGCCUCCUAGGCUGGAAGGCGAAGGCCCUCAGGACAAGAACCGAAAACUCCGCCCUCUCUACGACAUCCCGUACAUGUUCGAGGCCCGGGAGUUCCUGCGCAAGAAGCUGAUUGGGAAGAAGGUGAACAUCACUGUUGACUACAUCCGGCCGGCCAGCGGGGCCACCGACACGGUUCCUGCCUUCUCAGAACGCACCUGCGCCACAGUCACCAUUGGCGGCAUCAACAUUGCAGAAGCACUGGUCAGCAAGGGGCUGGCCACCGUCAUUCGAUACCGCCAGGACGAUGACCAGCGCUCCUCCCACUACGAUGAGCUGCUGGCUGCCGAGGCCCGUGCGAUAAAGAACGGCAAAGGCCUGCACAGCAAGAAGGAAGUCCCAAUCCACCGAGUGGCCGACAUCUCUGGGGACACCCAGAAAGCCAAGCAGUUCCUGCCAUUCCUGCAGCGGGCCGGCCGCUCGGAAGCGGUUGUGGAGUACGUCUUCAGCGGCUCCCGGCUGAAGCUCUACUUGCCGAAGGAGACUUGCUUGAUCACCUUCUUGCUGGCAGGCAUUGAAUGUCCCCGGGGAGCCCGAAACUUGCCAGGCCUGGUCCAGGAAGCAGAACCCUUCAGCGAAGAAGCGAUGCUCUUCACAAAAGAGCUGGUGCUGCAACGAGAGGUAAGAAGGGGGAGGGGGGUCUGUCGUCUGUGCCCGCCCUCCGGACUCAUGCAGCUGGAAGCAGCCAGUGGAGAUCCAGAAAGCCCCAUCCUGCCUGUGCCCACCUGAGCGGCUUUCCCCGUG